AUGUCCUUUCCCAACAGCUCUCCUGCCGCUAAUACUUUUUUAGUCGAUUCCUUGAUCAGUGCCUGCAGGAGCGAUAGCUUUUAUUCCAACAGCGCCAGCAUGUACAUGCCUCCCAGCACAGAGAUUGGGACGUACGGGAUGCAGACGUGCGGACUGCUGCCGUCCCUGGCAAAAAGAGAAGUGAACCAUCAAAGCAUGGGUAUGAACGUUCAUCCUUAUAUACCUCAAGUAGACAAUUGGACCGAGGCGAACAGGUCGUGCCGAAUAGAGCAACCUGUUAGCCAGCAGGUCCCCACCUGCUCCUUUACGACAAAUAUUAAGGAGGAAACCAACUGCUGCAUGUAUUCCGAUAAGAGGUCCAAGCUCGUGUCUUCUUCCGACGUUCCUUCCUACCAGAGGCUGGUCUCUGACUCGUGCCCCAUUGAAAACCCCGAGGUGCCCGUCCCAGGCUAUUUCAGACUGAGCCAGACCUACGCCACGGGGAAAGCCCAAGAGUACAAUAACAGCCCCGAGUCGAGUUCAACAGUCAUGUUACAGUUAAACCCUCGCGGCGCUGCCAAACCGCAGAUCGCUUCCCAACUUCCGAUGGAGAAGAAAAUGAGUGAAAAUCCCAACGGCAACAACUCCGCCAAAGUCUCUCAAGUGGAAAGUCCCGACGCCAAGUCCACUCUGCAAGACGAGCGGGGCUGCCUGGCGGAGGCGGCCGUGUCCAGCCCAGAGACCCAAGAGAAAGAGAGCAAAGAGGAAAUCAAGUCUGAUACUCCAACCAGCAAUUGGUUAACUGCAAAGAGUGGCAGAAAGAAGAGGUGUCCAUAUACUAAACAUCAAACACUGGAAUUAGAGAAAGAGUUCUUAUUCAAUAUGUAUCUCACUCGAGAGCGCCGCCUAGAGAUCAGUAAGAGCGUAAACCUCACUGACAGGCAGGUCAAGAUAUGGUUUCAAAACCGCAGAAUGAAGCUCAAGAAGAUGAGCAGGGAGAACCGAAUCCGAGAACUGACCGCUAACCUGACCUUCUCGUAA